AUGGGCGAGUCUGUCUCUUCACAGCUCGUGUGUUUGUGUUCCCUGGUUGCCGUGGCGCUCGCCCUCCCGCAGUACAACCAGAACCAGAACCAGUACCAGUACCGCAACCAGUACUCAAACCCCAACGCGCAAAUCCCCAUCCUGGCCUACCGGAAUGACGUCAACUACGACGGAUCCUACGCCUACAGCUACCAGACGGGCAACGGCAUCCAGGCGGAGGAGCAGGGCUACCUGAAGAACGCGGGCGCGGGCCCCGAGCGUGAGGCCCAGACGGCGCAGGGCUCCUUCUCGUACACGGCGCCCGACGGCACGCCCAUCUCCGUGCGCUACGUGGCCGACGAGGGCGGCUUCCGCGCGGAGGGCGCGCACCUGCCCACGCCGCCGCCCAUCCCAGAGGCCAUCGCGCGCUCGCUCGCCCUGCAGCAGCAGCAGCAGCAGGCAGCAGCCCUUUCGGCCAGCAGCCCUACAACCGCCGCUUACUGA